UGAGUUCGUGCACCUUAGUGAUAUACUCCGCUCCUUGACUCCAUGGGUGCUAGUGGCUAGUGCUAAUAAAACCCCGUCUACAGAGCAAAGUCUCUGAACUCAAUUUAGUGCUGCAAUUCGAAGUGCUCCAGGGAAGGAACGGGGAAGCGGGAACCACCGGCACCGCCACCACUUGAGACUUUCCCGCAACUUAGAAGUGAGAGUGACGUCAUUCAUCGAUGGCGAACCUCUCAAGCCUGGUACAUGAGCUCCGAGAACGCAUUGCCGCGUCGUCGUCAACUCCUCCGACCAAGCAAAACGACGAGGCUCUGGAGGCACGUUUCCGCGCCGUCCUCCCCAAUCUUCUCCACGCUUAUGUCGUCCCCUCACCCUCAGCGAAAGAAAGAGAGGUGAUGGCGGUAUUGAAGCUAUUGACGCAUACCGCAAAGAGCUUUCCUGGAGUGUUUUAUCACGGCAAGGCUGCUGCAGUCCUACCUAUCAUCGGUCGAAUAGUGCCAUUCUUUGCCGAACCUGCAUUUCGGUCUAGACAUGGAGUACUUUUUGAAACAAUUGGCUCCUUGUUAUCUUUACUUCGAACAGGAGAUCGAGAUGCGUAUCGCAACUUCUUUGUGGAUAUCAUGUUGCUGGUUGAAGAUCUUCUGUACGUUUGCUCCCUUUAUGGUGAAUCGUGCUCUACGGAGCUAGAAAAAGUUUGUUUGAAGUGCUUUAAUGUCUCUUUUGCCGGAGCUUGUGGUGAAGAUGCUCUUCUUAGUCAUGUCCCAGCAUCCAGCAAACCUGCUGAUGGGUAUGGCAUUCUGAUUGAUCUCACUGGAAAAGAAAGGUGGCAGCCUUUUGCUACAUAUGCCAUAAAGUUACUGUCUAAAUGCUUAACUGAAGGAACUUUAUAUGUUGAAGGACUUGUCUAUACACCAUGUGUUUUGGCUGCCUGUUCCCUUAUGUGUUAUGGAGAUGACAACUUGCAUAUUGCAUGUUUUGACUUCAUCCGCCUUAUUGGAGCAGUGAUGGACUUUGACAUUAUUCCUUUUGAAAAGUUAAUUCAGUCUAUGGCAAUUAUUCUUGGCGAAGAUGAGUAUGGACUUCCAACUUUCAGAGGUACAGCUUAUGAUUCUUCUUUGGCUGCAUGCCUUUGUGCAUUAUACUCCAGUUGUCCUGAUGAUAUUGUCAAGUCAACAGCUUCAACUUUCAUAAAAAAUUUUCCUGAGUCAUUCCUCAAAACAAAAAGUCAGGAGCUCAAGGCUGCUUUAUGUAGUGCCUAUGUCAGGAUUGCCAAAAGUUGCCCCCCUCAUAUUUGGAGGCCCGAGAAUCUUAUCUAUCUGCUUCGCUCAGACAAAUCUGUUUUUCUUCUGAUAGAUUGCUUUCAAGUGGCUAUAUCUAGACUUCGGCUAGACUUUUGGGGAGGAGGAUUGGCUAAUGAUUGCAGUGUAUCAUCCUCAGGGGACAAUGAAAAUAAGAAUUUAAGAACCACAGAGAAAAGACCAUCUAUGGACUUUGAAUAUGCUGAUUCAAAGCGCCAAAAGAUAGUUGAUGAGCGUGAGGAUUUCAUCACCAAUUGUAAGGGUGUGCAUGAUGCUGCCAAUAAGCUUAUAAUUGCUGGAGAAAGAGAAUAUGCUGAUUAUAUGCACUCCUUGUUGAGUCUGUUUGUAGAAGAUUUAGCACCUCCUUUUGAGAAGGCUAGCUCAUUGAGCCCAGAAGUCGAGUUAGCAGCUCUUAUUGCACUCUGUGUUGUAUUUUGUGAAUAUCCCCAACUGAAUAUCUCACUUUCCAUAUUUAGGCAGUUUUACAAGUGGAUUCCAUGGAUAGCUGAACAGUGGUUUCAGGAAAACAAAGAAUCGCCAUCCCCUGUUGACUUAUCCUUCUUUCUUGAGGCAGUUAACAUCAUGUUGCUCACUCAAGGCUGCCUUCCUUCGGAUGGUAAGCUUUUCAAAUGCCAGACUGAUUGGACAGAGUUUAUAGGUUCAAUGCUAAAACUUCCAUGGAUAUAUUCUCUUGAAAGAAGUGAACCUCAUCCACCAUGGAAGGCAAAAUGCCUUUCUGUGCAAGUGCUAUCCAAGAUUGAUUUUUCAAAAAUAGGAAAUAAUCUUGAUAUUCUAGACUUGAGUCUUCAUGACCAAGCAGAAGAGGUUAGACUUGAAGCUGUCAUAUCUAUGCCAGUGAUUGUAUUGUGGUCUGGUUAUGGUUUCCUGACACAUAUGUUCAAGAGGCUAGAAAUCUUGUUACUAGAGUCAAAUGACAAGAUUAAGAAAGCCAUUCCUCUCUCUCUUGGUUUUCUGGCUUGUCUAUAUGGUUCUUGUCAUGGUCUGGGUACAUGGUGGGAAAGUGGAUGCAAAUUAUACUUGAACAAACAGAACAGGAGAGAGAAGUCAACUACACAUCAUCUAUUGCGAGGAUUUAGGUGUUCAAAAUGUGACAGUAGAGUUGUGGUGAAUCAGGACUUUUGUUCAACUGCUGUACAUCCCCCUCGCUCUUCAAGCAUGGAACACGUCAUAGGUUGUGAUUAUACAUGUUUGCAAUCUCUAUUUUUCCAGUUGCUAUAUGAUGAAUCAUCAGAAGAGGUUCAAGUUGCUUGCAUAGGGAUCCUUGGGCGGGUCUUACUCCAUGGAACUGGAGAUAUAUUGCAGAGUACAAGAUCUGAAUGGAUGAACUGUGUUGAUUUUUUACUCCUGCACCAGAAAAAGGCUAUCAGAGAAGCAUUCUGCACACAGAUUAGUUUCUUCUUUGAGGAGCCUAUUUUGAAUUGUUUAGUUUUGGAUACGGAUUUGAUAAACAAAACCAAAGAACAGAAGUUCAUGGACAAAAUUAAACAUGCUUUGGCUGCAGCUGACGAUCCAUUGAUGUUUGAGACUCUUCUUGAAGCUGCAGCAAACAUUUUGAUCUCAGUAAAUAUAAAGAGUCAACCAUUUUUGAUGUCACUAACUUUGUUGAUUGAUCAGCUUGAUAAUCCUCAUGUCACAGUACGAAUAACAGCAUCAACUUUGAUAAAAAGCUCUUGCCAUUUUCAUUUUAAAGGGGGACUUUGCACCAUCCUUUCUAAAGUUCUUCAUAUUCGAAAUGAGCUGUAUGAUUACCUAUCCACCAGGCUAGCAAGCCGACCAGAAAUGAUUGAAGAGUUUGCAGUAGCCGUGCUUGGAAUAGAAACUGAAGAACUUGUAAAGAGAAUGAUCCCUGUUGUUCUUCCAAAGCUCGUGGUCUUUCAGCAUCAUAAUGAUCAAGCAAUCAUCAUACUGCAUGAGAUGGCUAAAUGUCUGAAGACAGAUAUGGUGCAACUAAUUGUUAAUUGGCUGCCUAAAGUGCUUGCUUUUUCUCUCAAUCGAGCUGAUGAACAAGAAUUGCUUUCUACUUUGCAGUUCUACCAUGAUCAGACAGGAUCUGACAACAAAGAAAUUUUUGCAGCUGCACUACCUGCACUUUUGGAUGAACUCGUGUGCUUCAUUGAUGAGAAAGAUCCAGAAGAGGUUUGCAAAAGGUUAACACAGGUGCCUCAGACGAUAAAAGAAGUUGCGAGAACUCUAACAGGCAAUGAAGAUCUUCCAGGAUUUCUAAGGAAUCACUUUGUUGGUCUUCUUAAUAGCAUUGACAGAAAAAUGCUUCAUACAGAGGAUGUAUUAUUGCAAAAACAGGCAAUCAAACGCAUAGAGAUGCUCAUUAAUAUGAUGGAUACGCACCUUAGCACUUAUGUGCCAAAACUUAUGGUUCUUCUCAUGCAUGCAAUUAGGAAGGAACAUCUUGUGGGGGAGGGUCUUGCUGUCUUGCAUGUUUUCAUUAAACAACUGGUCAAAAUAUCGCCUUCCAGUACCAAACACAUUAUUUCUCAAGUGUUUGCUGCUCUCGUUCCCUUCUUAGAGAGAGAUAAAGUGAAUUCCUCUUUGCAUUUAAACAAAAUUGUGGAGAUUCUUGAAGAACUUGUGCUUCAGAAUAAAUUUCUCUUAAAACAACACAUCCACGAGUUCCCUCCUUUACCCAAAAUUCCAGCCUUAGCAGAAUUAAAUAAAGUUAUCCAAGAAGCACAACGGCCAAGGUCUUUGAAGGAGCAACUCCUAGAUGUUGCAAAUGGGUUGAAUCAUGAAAAUUUGAAUGUUAGAUACAUGGUAGCAUCUGAGCUGGGCAAACUGCUAAACCAAAGAAGGGAAGAAGUCACGGUUUUGGCUAUUAAGGAAGGCAAUCAAAAUAUGGAUGUAUUAAGCUCUUUGUUUUCGUCGCUGCUCAGAGGCUGUGCAGAAGAAUCAAGGACUUCAGUUGGACAGCGGCUGAAGUUAAUAUGCGCAGACUGCCUUGGAGCAAUUGGCGCAGUUGAUCCUGCAAAAUUUGUCAGUUCUUCAAGCACACGUUUCAAGAUUGCAUGCUCAGAUGAUGACCUAAUCUUCGAAUUGAUCCAUAAGCAUCUGGCAAGGGCUUUUAGAGCUGCACCUGACACAAUUAUUCAAGAUUCAGCUGCAUUGGCUAUACAGGAGCUUCUAAAAAUUGCUGGUUGUGAGGCCUCUCUUGAUGAAAAUGUUGCAGCUUCUACUUCAGAGAGAAAAAAUAAACCACCUCGAAAGGUCCCAGCAUCUGCAAUCAAGACGGAAAAUCAUGGCACUGAAAUCUGUGGUAGGGGUCAGAAACUGUGGGAUCGUUUCUCUGAUUAUGUUAAAGAGAUAAUAGCCCCUUGUUUAACCUCAAGAUUUCAGCUACCUGAUGUGUCAGAUUCUGCAUCUUCUGGUCCUAUUUACCAUCCUUCUAUGUCUUUUAGAAGAUGGAUAUUCUUCUGGAUCAAGAAAUUGACUGUGCAUGCUGUAGGUUCUAGGGCAAGUGUUUUUAAUGCCUGCCGAGGUAUUGUGCGUCACGAUAUGCAAAUAGCAAUGUAUCUUCUUCCAUAUUUAGUACUGAAUGCAGUUUGCCAUGGUAAUGAGGAAGCACGUCAUGGUAUAACACAGGAAAUUCUAUCCGUCCUUGAUCUAGCUGCUUCAGAUCAUGGUUCUGUAACUGUUCAUGGUAUCAAUCCUGGGCAAAGCGAAGUCUGUAUACAAGCUGUCUUUACACUGCUUGAUAAUCUUGGUCAGUGGGUCGAUGAUAUUGAACAAGAGCUUGCUCUUUUUCAGUCCCUGCAGCCAUCCAAUUGUAAGCAGCAAGGUCCCAAAUCGAAGGAAAAUAAUAUGCAUCUUGUGAAGGACUCGGAGGUGCUUACACAAUGUAAUCAUGUCUCGGAUCUACUGGCUGCAAUUCCUAAAGUGACACUAGCGAGAGCCUCUUUCAGGUGUCAGGCCUCUGCCAGGUCUUUAUUGUACUUUGAGUGCCAUGUGCGGGAAAGGUCGGGCUCCUUUAACCCAGCUGCAGAAAAAAGUGGCUUUUUUGAGGACGAUGAUGUUUCAUUUUUGAUGGAGAUAUACAGCAAUUUGGACGAACCAGAUGGCUUAUCUGGUUUGGCUUGUUUGCGGAAAUCAAAGAACUUACAAGACCAUCUGUUGAUAAACAAAAAAGCAGGAAAUUGGGCAGAAGUUUUGACUUCUUGUGAGCAGGCUCUGCAGAUGGAACCUACAUCUGUUCAAAGGCACUCAGAUGUCCUUAAUUGUUUACUAAACAUGUGCCAUUUGCAGGCAAUGGUGACUCAUGUGGAUGGAUUGAUAUCUAGGAUUCCUCAGUACAAGAAGAUGUGGUGUAUGCAAGGUGUUCAGGCAGCAUGGAGGCUAGGAAGGUGGGACUUGAUGGAUGAAUAUCUCACUGGGGCUGAUGAAGAGGGUUUACUUUGCAGCAGUUCUGAGAGUAAUGCUUCAUUUGACAUGGAUGUUGCUAAGAUUCUCCAGGCAGUAAUGAAGAAAGAUCAAUUCUUGGUGGCCGAAAAAAUUGCAUCAUCGAAACAGGCUCUGAUUGCUCCUCUUGCUGCUGCUGGCAUGGAUUCUUAUGCACGGGCCUACCCCUUUGUAGUAAAGCUUCAUCUGCUGCGUGAGCUAGAAGAUUUCAACAUGCUCCUUGCUGGUGACUCUUUUCUGGAUAAACAGUUGCAGCUUAGUGAACCAGAUUUCUGUAAAAUAAUAGCAAACUGGGAAAAUCGGUUGAAGCUUACUCAACCAUCUUUGUGGGCAAGGGAACCGCUUUUGGCUUUCAGGAGACUUGUUUUUGGUGCUAGUGGUCUUGGUGCUCAGGUUGGGAAUUUCUGGGUGCAAUAUGCAAAACUAUGUCGUUUAGCUGGUCACUAUGAGACAGCAAACCGUGCAAUUCUGGAAGCUAAGGCUUCAGGUGCGCCUAACGUUCACAUGGAAAAGGCUAAGCUUCUAUGGAGCACUAGGCGAGCUGAUGGUGCCAUUGCAGAGCUGCAACAAUCCCUUUUGAACAUGCCUGAGAUUUUGGGCUCUGCUGCAAUGUCAUCCAUCACCAGCCUGUCAUUGGUUCCUUUGAACCCACAGCCUUUACUUUGUGAUACACAAUCUUUGAAUGAGAAUCGAGAUAUUGCAAGGACCCUCCUACUUUACUCUAGAUGGAUCCACUAUACCGGGCAAAAGCAAAAGGAAGAUGUCAUAAGUCUUUAUUCAAGGGUAAAGGAGCUGCAACCCAAGUGGGAGAAAGGAUAUUUUUAUAUGGCUAAAUAUUGUGAUGAAGUCCUUGUUGAUGCCAGAAAACGACAGGAAAACAGUUUCGAACUACCUAGGGUGGUCCCAUCAAAUUCAGUUCUAUCUUCUGCAGCUUCAAAUUCUGAGAGGCGAUGGUGGUCCUACCUUCCUGAUGUGUUGUUAUUUUACGCAAGAGGGCUCCACAAGGGCCACAAAAAUCUCUUCCAGGCACUACCGAGGUUGCUAACCCUAUGGUUUGAAUUUGGUUGUAUUUAUGGAAGCGACUCUGCAUCCAAUAAAGAUAUGAAGAGUGUGCAUGCGAAGGUCACCAGCAUCAUGCGAGGCUGUUUAAAAGAUUUGCCAACCUAUCAGUGGUUAGCUGUUCUGCCUCAAUUAGUGUCUAGAAUUUGCCACCAAAAUGAGGAAAUUGUUCGUUUGGUGAAACACAUUAUCACCUCUGUUCUGCGGCAGUACCCACAGCAAGCUUUAUGGACUAUGGCAGCAGUUACAAAAUCCGCAGUUCCUUCCAGGAGAAGUGCUGCUGAAGAGAUCAUAGAUGCUGCAAGAAGAGGAUCCAGUCAGGGAGGCACCCGCAGUUUGUUUAUGCAGUUUGCUACUUUAAUUGAUCAUUUAAUUAGGUUAUGCUUGCAUCCUGGACAAGCUAAGGCAAAAGCAAUCAAUAUCUCAACUGAAUUUAGUGCCUUGAAGAGGAUGAUGCCUGUGGACAUCAUCAUGCCAAUUCAGCAAUCACUUGCAGUUAAUCUACCUUCAUGUGAAAUGAAUGUAACAAGUCCCAGCACCUCUGAUAUUUUCUCAUUCACAGAUCUUCCUACAAUUUCUGGAAUAGCAGAUGAGGCUGAGAUUCUUUCCUCGCUUCAACGACCAAAGAAAGUUUUUCUUUUCGGCAGUGAUGGUACUAAGCGUCCAUUUCUCUGCAAGCCAAAGGAUGACUUAAGGAAAGAUGCACGGAUGAUGGAAUUCAAUGCAAUGAUAAAUCGUUUGUUGUCCAAGUGCCCUGAAAGCCGCAAGCGUAAGCUUUAUAUUCGCACAUUUGCUGUGACUCCGCUUACAGAAGACUGUGGGAUGGUUGAGUGGGUUCCUCACACUCGUGGACUGCGACCCAUUCUCCAAGAUAUCUAUAUAAGCUGCAGGAAAUUUGAUAGACAGAAGACGAAUCCUCAAAUUAAGCGAAUUUAUGACCAGUGCCAGGGGAAAAUGCCGGAGGAAGAAAUGCUAAAGAAUAAAAUUUUGCCAAUGUUUCCUCCAGCCUUCCAUAGAUGGUUUCUUAACACAUUUUCAGAACCAGCUGCUUGGUUUAGGGCUCGAGUUGCAUAUGCCCACACAACUGCUGUGUGGUCAAUGGUUGGGCAUAUAGUUGGCCUUGGUGACAGACACGGUGAAAAUAUAUUGUUUGAUUCUACCACAGGUGACUGUAUUCAUGUUGAUUUUAGUUGUUUAUUUGACAAAGGGUUGCAGCUGGAGAAACCUGAACUGGUGCCUUUUAGGCUGACACAGAACAUUAUUGAUGGAUUGGGCAUUACUGGAUAUGAAGGCGUCUUCUUGAGGGUCUGCGAGAUCACACUUUCAGUACUGAGGGCACACAGAGAGACACUGAUGAAUGUUUUAGAGACUUUCAUCCAUGAUCCCCUUGUGGAAUGGACUAAAUCUCACAAGUCCAGUGGGAUAGAAGUUCAAAACCCCCAUGCACAGCGAGCCAUAAGUAACAUUGAAGCACGACUGCAAGGAGUUGUUGUCGGUGUUGGAGCUGCACCAUCACUGCCUUUGGCGGUAGAAGGCCAAGCUCGUCGAUUGAUUGCAGAAGCAGUCUCACAUAAAAACCUAGGGAAGAUGUAUAUAUGGUGGAUGCCUUGGUUUUGAUUAAGGCAGGAAGUUUCGGAUUCUGUGUCUCCUGUCUGUUGACUUUACCAAAAUGGUUUUGCAGUUGGUGUGGAUAAACUCUCUUUUGGAAGCAUUAGGUUACUUAGAUGGAUAGUUCCUGGAUGGCAUGAUCUCAAUGUUCAUGGUGCUUGCCAUACUUCAAAUCUUCUGCUGAUCUUUAUGUUUUGGGGACCCUGCCAGUGCUCUUGUAAAGACAUUGGAUUACACUUUCCAGAUGAUUCAACAUGGGCGAUCUUUUUCCAAACAGCAAGAGACAAGGCAGGAAUACCUAUGUGCGAACGCUCAUUUAAGAGUCUUUUGCGUGAACCUCAUUGCAUCCUUUGGAAGGCAAUGUAGUAUUUUAUAUAAAUAUCAAGAAAAGGAUUUUAUAUAAACCUUGGAUUGCCAGUUGUAUGUAUAGUCAUCGAUUCUACGAUGAUCUGGUUAUUGUUGAGUGCAUUUCCUUGUAAAUUUGGAGGGCCUCACUCCAAGAAUUUUGUCAUGAUGUAAAUUUGUAAAUGGAUCCGCUAAAUUAUGCCACACCUGGGGCAAAGUAAUGCUGGCGGUUCUUUGCUCCUUGUGCCAGCAAAUAGUAAAAGAAGACCAUUGCAGG